AUGCGGGGCUCAAAGCGGAGCUCAUUGCUGGAUUUGCCUUCGCAAAUACCGGGUGGCCAGCUUCGAGAGUACCCGACCAAGCAUCGCCUCUAG